AUCCGUACGUGUUUUCUUCUAAUAGUAUAGUUUUUGUUCUUUAUUUCACACUGGAAGCAUCAUAGAGAUUUAUUAAUACAAUGUACAACAGCAAAAGAAAUGACGUCUAUGUUGACUUCAACGUAGGUCGGAUCAAGGUGUUUGUUUUACAAUAAGAAUAUGCAGUUCAUAAUAACAAAUUAUCAUAAAUUAUAACUAUAAACGUUAUAAUUAUAAUUUAUGCAUUUUGACAUUACACGUUUUUCAUUUAGGAAUAUUGUCGUUACUCUAGUGGAAACACUAUUCCAUGUUCCCAGUUUGCACAAAUAAACUUCGUUUCAUUACAAAGUUUUAUAGUCGUUUAAGACAUCUAAAUAUAGUCAACUCAUCAUCAUUUGUGGAUUUUUUCUUAAAUAUUGGAAUGCAUAAUUUAGAAGAGUCUUUACGUGAAGUGGCUUGUCUUGGUGACCUACAGAAACUUAAAAUGUUGAUAGGAGCUGGUGCCAACUUGAAUUCUCAAAACUUGGUCAAUGGUUGGACAGCAUUGCACUGGGCUGCUAAAAGGAACCAUGUUGAUAUUGUUUCUUUCUUGUUGGAUUGUGGAGCAAGCUCUUCCAUAGCAUCGUACAAUGGUGAGAUGCCAGCAAAUGUUUCUACAAGUAGAGAAGUCAAGGAACUUUUAUUAAAGGACAUACAAAAUACAGAGAAUGAUAAUUUUGAUAAAGAUCAAAAGUUGGGGGUGUUUGAAGCUGUGAGUCACAAAGUAGAUGAUGCUACAUCGAAAUCAAAGUUUGUUCCCAAUUACUUGCGCAAUCCUGAAUUUCCAUAUUCCGAAAGUGCUGAAGCAUUUGCCAAAAGACUUGGUCUCUCCAACAGCUCUAGUUCCUUGAACAAACUAUGGAUCAAAAGAUUGGAAGUAAUUAUGAAAAUCAAACUGCUAGUUGUUUUAAAACAUCAAUUGCGAACAAGCCAAUACCUCUAUCUUCUAAAGCUGAAGAAGACACUCUGGCUAAAAUGUAGACUUGCCAAUAGCAACGAAAAAGAUUUUAUUGAAAUUGAAAUAGCGCAUUCUUGUUUAAAGUUUGAGACGUUAGUAGCAACAUGCCUCUCAGAGUUUCAAAUUGAUAGACAAAAGUUACAAAAGAUCAGAAAGUUACCAAACACUAUUAUUCGAAAUGAUCGUGAUGUUAACAGACUUAUUCAGUAUCAAGAGAUAGAAGUUGUUGUUGAUAAAUAACAAAGUUUUCUGUUGGCAGCAGCCAAUUGACAUGUUUGAUUAAAAUUUUUGUGCCAAGUAUUCAGUAAAAAUAUUUUCUUAUAGUUUUGUGUGUGAUGUGUAUUGUAAUUGUAUACAACACUUGAAGUUUGAGAACCCUAUCUUUGAAUGGAAAGAAGCAUAACAGCUAUAUAGAUAAUUUGAAUUGAAUUGUUAUUGAGCAAUAGUAGUUGACAAUUCAAACAAAUAUUUUAAACAAUUACAUUAAACGGUCGAU